AAAUAUAAAUUAAGAUUGAACAUAUAAAUAACAUAACUUGAAAACUUCAAACAAAAUGAUACUGUGAACAUUUCUUGCUGAAUAUAGUGCCAAAAAAGAAAAAGAAAAAGAAAAAAUUCAUGCUAGAUCCACGCUUCUUUUGUCAACAAGCAACCUAAGUUUUAUUGAGAAAUAUCAACAUAUCUUGCUAGCAUGCUAUAUGGAUUCAUGUAAUCUAUCUACAAAAGAAUGCAAAAACGAGAUGGCAAAAUUCAGAGUUCAGUAAUGUUAUUUAACAGGAGAUUUAAAGUGACGGAGAUUCCAGGCAGUGUAUUAAAAGGGGUGCCAGAUUUUUGUACCGUAUAUGUCAUCUCCAAAGGAAAGAUUGCAUCUACUCGAUCUGCCUCCCGCCCCGCCCCAGCUACCCGUAACCAAUUUCUGUAUCCAGACAGCAACAGAACAGACAUGUCUGAGGCAUCAGUAUCACCCACGAUUCGUUCGCCGAUAAUUCUUUCUGAAUAAGACAAGUCGGCAUUGAUCCCUCAGAUGAGAGUCAACAUAUACGCCGAAAGUCUGCCGUUCAUCCCGAAAUUCCGAGGCAAGACCGUCGUAGUCAAGUAUGGAGGCGCAGCCAUGGAAUCCGAGUCUCGCCAGGCCUCCGUCAUCACCGACAUCGUGCUCUUGUCCUGCGUCGGCAUCCGCAUUGUAUUCGUCCAUGGCGGUGGGCCCGAGAUCAACCAGUGGCUGGGUCGAUUGGGCAUCGAAGCCCACUUCCUCAACGGCCUCCGAGUCACCGACUCGUCCACCAUGGAAAUCGUCUCUAUGGUCCUCAUCGGAAAGGUCAACAAGAACCUCGUUUCGUUGAUCAACAAGGCCGGUGCCACCGCCAUCGGCUUCUCCGGCAUCGACGGCCGCCUCUUCACCGCCCGCCCGUCUUCCAAAUCAGCCCAAUUGGGAUUCGUCGGAGAGGUCGCCAGCGUGAACCCAUCCGCCCUCCGACGGCACAUCGAGGACAAUCAUAUACCAUUUAUUGCGUCGGUGUCGGCUAACGACGAAGGUCAGAUGUAUAAUAUCAAUGCGGACACUGUAGCCGGGGAGUUGGCGGCGACAUUGGGGGCUGAGAAGCUGAUUCUGCUGACGGACGUGCCGGGGAUUCUGGAGGACAAGGCCGAUCCGGGGACUUUGGUGAAGGAGAUUGAUAUAAAAGGGGUGAAGAAGAUGAUGGAAGAUGGGAAGAUUGCAGGUGGGAUGAUUCCGAAGUUGAACUGUUGCGUGAGGUCGCUAGCGCAGGGGGUUCGGACGGCGAGUAUCAUCGAUGGGCGCUUGCCGCAUUCGUUGCUCCUCGAGAUUCUCACAGACGAGGGGGCCGGAACCAUGAUUACUGGGUAAAAUCUCUUUUAAUUUCAAAGUAGGUAUUAAAACUUCGAUGGGUCUGUUUUGCAGUGAAUUUUUAAGUCAUUGUAGCAAGAACAUGACAAUGUGACAUGCACUCUUUGUUAAAUGGGUACUUUUAAGCUUUAUUUUAGCUUUGGUAUCGUUUACUCUUUGAAUUGCCUUAGCUUUUUCUUUA